UCCCGGCCGGCGCCCCUCUCCCCGCGUCCCCAGCCGGCCUCGCCGUGUCCUCCGGCCGCUUCCUCGGCCCGCCGGCCUCGCCAUGGCGCUCAACAAUUUCCUCUUCGCGCAGUGCGUCUGCUACUUCCUGGCCUUUCUGUUCAGCUUCGUGGUGGUGGUGCCGCUGUCUGAGAACGGCCACGACUUCCGCGGCCGCUGCCUGCUCUUCACCGAGGGCAUGUGGCUGAGCGCCAACCUGACAGUGCAGGAGCGCGAGCGCUUCACCGUGCAGGAGUGGGGGCCGCCGGCCGCCUGCCGCUUCAGCCUGCUCGCCAGCCUGCUUUCCCUGCUGCUCGCCGCCGCUCACGCCUGGCGCGCGCUCUUCUUCCUCUGCAAGGGACACGAGGGCUCCUUUCUCUACGCCUUCCUGAACCUGCUGGUCAGCGCCUUCGUGGUCUUCCUGGUCUUCAUCGCCAGCACCAUCGUGAGCGUGGGCUUCACCAUGUGGUGUGACGCCAUCACCGAGAAGGGCUCCGUGCCCCACAGCUGUGAAGAGCUCCAGGGCAUCGACUUGGAGCUGAACGUGGACAACUCUGCCUUCUAUGAUCAGUUUGCGAUUGCCCAGUUUGGCCUCUGGGCCUCGUGGCUGGCCUGGCUGGCCAUCACCAUCUUGGCCUUCCUGAAAGUCUACCACAACUACCGCCAGGAGGACCUGCUGGACAACCUGGUCCACGAGAAGGAGCUGCUGCUGGCCCGGCCCGCCCCCCGCGCCGCCUUCCAGGACGAGAAGAGCGCCGUCAUCUAGGCCCGGCCGGCCCCCUCGCCAGGGCUGGGGGGCGCGUGCUGCUCUGGGCCGCGGCCCUGGCUCUGCCCAGCCCCCACGCCUCGCAUGCCUCCUCUCGGCUCUGUGUGCAGUGCUGAGCGACCCCCUCCCCGGGCACCCGGUUCCCAUCCUGAACGGGCCUGGCAGCCUGCGGGAGUGGGGCCGCCCUCAGCUCUGGGCCGGGGGAGCCUCCCCCAGGCUCCAAGCAGGGGCCUCCGCCCGUCCCGGGGGUGAGCCUGGGGGAGGCCCCCAGCCAGUGGGCUUGCUGUGGUCGCGCUCCCCGGCGGGCCUCGGCUAGACGCCAUCUGUGACUUCCUGCCAGCUUCCGUGGCCGCAGCCUGUGGCCACAGUGUGACCCCAGCGGCCAGCAGUGGCCACACGUCUCCCGUCACCCGCCCUCUGAAGCGUGCAGGGGACGAGGAGCCCGCCCCCUGCGAGCCAAGCACUGCGUGUGGGAAGGAGCCCCUCGCCCCGGCGCCCCCCGGGGCUGAGUCCCCCUCUGCUCCGGCUCCAGAGCCCCUGGGAAAGCAGAGGAUGGUGGGUGGGUCUGGAGUCAGGCCGCAGCGAUGGUGCGGGCUUCCUGGGGGCCUCACUUGGGGUGGCCCCAGGGGCCCCCCUGUGGGCUGGGCCUGUGUUUGUGGGGUGGAGACGGGUGUGGGGGUGACCCGUCUUGCAGGGGAGAGGGGCCUGGUGCCACCGCGGGUGUGUGUGUGCCUGUGAGGCGUGUGAGGGUGUGGAUGUGUGUGUGAUGUGAGUGCACGUGGUCAGUGUGUGCGAGCGUGCGUGUGUGCACAUGAGCUUGCGUGACGAGGUGUGAGCGUCUGUGAACGUGUUUUGUGUACACAUGCGUGUGCCCGUGCACAAGUGUGUGUGCGAGCGUGCGUGUGUGGGUGGAGACCAGAGCGGGCAGCUGUCUGCACCCUCAUCCCCAGGGCCCCCCGUACCCCAGAGGAGGGGUCGCUUUCCCAUCUCAGGGGGCCCUGAGGGCACAGUCCUGCCCCGUGGCAGUAGGCGGAGGAGCUGGUGAGGGGGACCCAGGACCCGAGAUUUGGUGCUGAGCCACCUGGGGGCUGCCUGGCUGUGGACGCCCCUCAGGGCCCCCGGCUCAGGAGACAGAUCUGGCCUGCGUGCUCAUUUGCAGUGGCUCGAUCUCCCUAAAAGGAGGGGCCCAGGGCGUCCAGGGGCCACAGAUCUGGGCCUGUGUCUAGGGGCCCCGUGUGGCAGGCAGUCUGGGCCCGGGAAGGGAGGUGCAGGUCACUUGUCAUGAUGUGCUCGGCUGGCACCUUUCAGGAGUGGGGCUCGGGGCGGACGUGACGGAGGCCCCUGGCCUGGCGGGGGGUUCUGGCCAGAGCAGCAGGGUACUUGGGGAAGGGUUUUGACAGAACCUGAGGCCCCCAAGGGGGUCUGCCUGCCCAGUCCACUGGCCCCUGAGAGCUCCUGGUCUGUUCCCCGCAGAAGGGGGUGGCUCUGCCUUAUCCCCCCAGCAGGCAGCAGCCAUCUGGGCCCUAGAGGGCGGAGCAGGACCUGGAUGUGGGUUUCUGGACCGGAGGCUCUGCUGCGGGUGUGGGUGAGCCUGGGCACUUGUGGAUGGCCUGGAGCUGGUCUGGGCAGCCCCUUGGUGAGACCAGCAGAGACCUGUGUCCACUUACAGGGCCACCUGCAGGGCGGAACUGUCACUGAUACAUAGGCUGUCCCGGGCCAGAGGCACUGGCAUCCCCAGACUUCCCCAUCCUGGGGGCUCCCGGAAAAGGCACAGCCGGCCUCGGGGAGGGGGUCCUGGGACAGGAGCCGGUGGCCUAGCAGUGGGCCGGGGAGGCCCCCUGAGGCUGGACAGGAGGGGCCGGCUGUGCCCUGGGGCCCCCUGAGGAGGGUCUGCCCCAUUGCUUCCUCAAUGCCUGCUUCUCCCCAUUGCUGUUUGGUAAUGGACGUCCUAUUUUAAUUCUACUCCAGCUUAACUGAAAGUGAAGGUUCUUCAACGCAAAUGUAUUUAUUUCUCAAGUCAAAAUAAAAACAAAAAUA